AUGCCCGGCUGCGACUGCAGAGGCGGCGGCGCGGUGGGCUGGCGGCGCGAGCUCCUCACCGAAGCUCCGCGUCACCAGAGCCCAGGACUCCGGUUCAUUCCCACGGCGAAGAGGGGCCCGGGAGCGGGGGGUGUCGGGAGGGGGGCGUCCCCUCUGGAGGCCGGCAGCUCCGGCCCGGCCCAGAGCUCGUGGCCGCUCCCACCCCUCCCCGGUCCGGGCGUGCGCGACCUGAGCGAGUGUUGGGGUGUCUGCGAGCCUUUGCCUCUCCCUAGUGGCGACGCUCGCAGCUGA